AAAUUAAUUUCCUCCCCACUUUUCACCACUCCGCUCCCAGUAAUAAUCACAGCACACACCACCACUCGCCCACCCACCCACCCCCAAAUCCUAUGGACUUCACCGGGAAGCCCGUCGCGGCCCCACCACACUGGACCCGAUCCGAUCUCGAUCGGAUGCCCGACACCCCCACCCGCCGGGCCCACCACCGCCGCGCCCACUCCGAGACCUUCUUCCGCUUUCCCCACGACAACCUGCUCGACGACGACGACAUCCUCCUCGACGACGUCGUCGCCGACUUCGACCUCGCCUCCCUCGACAUCACCCCCCCUCUCUCCUCCAUGGCUGCCGCCGACGAUUCCUCCAAGUCAAAGACCAACAAGAGGUCGUCGCCGGGGGCGGGGCCCGCGCCCUCCCACCAUCUCCGGAGCCUGUCGGUUGGGGCGGACUUCUUCGAGGGGCUGGAGUUCGGCGACAGUGGGAAGCCGCCGACGCCGACGGGGGGUCAACAGCAGCAGCAGAGGUAUCAUCACAGGCAUAGUAACUCGAUGGACGGAUCGACGUCGUUUGAAGCGGAGGAGUCGUCGGAGAUGAUGUUGAUGGAUGGGAUGAAGAAGGCGAUGGGGCCUGAUCGGCUCGCUGAGCUGGCUUUGCUUGAUCCCAAGCGAGCUAAACGGAUUCUUGCGAAUAGACAAUCUGCGGCGCGUUCAAAGGAGAGGAAAAUACGCUAUACGAAUGAGCUGGAGAGGAAAGUGCAUACCCUUCAGUCAGAGGCAACUACCCUAUCUGCCCAGGUCACUAUGCUCCAGAGAGACACUACUGGAUUGACCACUGAGAACAAGGAACUAAAGCUGCGGUUACAGGCAAUGGAACAACAAGCACAUCUUCGAGAUGCUCUAAAUGAAGCACUGAGGGAAGAAGUGCAGCGGCUAAAGAUAGCAACCGGUCAAAUACCAGCUGCCAAUGGAAACCCCUUUGGUAGAGGGUUACCUCCACAGUUCCCUUCGCAGCCACAGAUGUUUCAGCACUUCAACAACAACCAAGCUCAGCCGGCCCAACAUCAACAGCAGCUCCACAUGUCUCAAUCAACAACCAACCACCAGACGCAAAGUGCUCAGCCACAGCCUAGCUUCUCGGAUUUCAAUUAGGCAGUUAACUUAUACAACCCAGCUUUUGGGAAUUAAAUGCUCACGAAGGCUGUGUUUGGAUCUUGUAGGUAAAAGAGAAGGAAAUGUGUUUGUGAAUCUAUUUGUUUUCUCCAUCCUUUCCCUUGCUUUUCGUUUCCAUCCCCAAAUCCAAGAUCCAAACACGGUCUAAUGGGCGCUUUGUGUAUAGAAGAAUGUAUUGAAGGUAAAGGUGGCGAUGAUGGUUCCUUGUGUCAGUGUCUUUGUUAUUACUUCCACAGUGGAUAUGUAUUCCUAGCAUAGAAAAGAAGAUAUAGAGCUAAUACUUGAACAUCUUAUGGAUGAUUAACUAUUGUAACCUGGAGUUUUAUUUGCCGUUGUGGGUAAAAUGUUGUCUUCCUUGUGUC